AUGGCGUGGACUAAUGAUGAUAAUGCUGAUUAUUAUGCUGCUGAUGCUGCUGCUGCUGCUGUUUCUACAAUUUUAGAAGGAUCUGGCUGGCCCUUCCUGCUUGUUGCUGACAAGAGCAUGCUCUGGGAUGAUGAUAAGACAGCAAAGGAUGUCCUCGAUCAUACAGACUGGUCCUUGAUUCACAAUACCAAAUCCUUCAAGGACAUUGCCUUUCUAUGUAUUGUGACUGCUAUCAUUGCAGAGCACUCUUUCUUUCUGUGGAAACAGAAUCCUUCAAAGUCCACUGCCCCCUUUGAAUCAGCCAUGCAAAAGUUCAACUUGUCUGCUGAUGUGGCAAAAAUUAAAAUUGCCAUCAAGGAGGCCUCUCGGCUUAAAACUGAGGACCAAAAGAAACAGGCCCUUGUAAAGAUUGCUAUGGACAAUCGCCUUCCCCACCUUGCCAGAAUUUCAUAA